AUGGCGCUCAACAACACGGCGGACGAGUACUCGGCCGACGAGGUCUCGGCGCUCAGCGCUGUCUUUUCGCUCUUUGACGAAGACGGCGUCGGGCGCAUUUCGAUCCAGCACCUCGAAGCUAUCUUUGCCAAGCUCGGUCGACCGCCCCACGAAGCUGACGACCUCCUCAAGUCGAUCGAGCUGAGCCAAGACGACGAGACGAUCACGUUUGAGGAAUUUCUACUGCUCGUGCGCAAGCAGCCCGACAUUGACUCGCCGUACAAUGUGGGCCCGGACCCCAAGGUGAUGGAGUUUAUCAACAUCCUCGAAGAGUACCGCGCGAAAUGCGAGGAGGACGGCAACUACCUCGAAGCGCAGCGCGCCGAUACGCAGCUCGUGGCGCUGCGCACGCAAGAGGCCAAGCGGCAGUCCAAGUCGCUCAAGGCCAAGCAGAUCGCCGAGCGCCAAGACAUUCAGAUUGCGCACAACAUGCAGUACACGGACUUCAACAUGGCGUGGGACCAGUACAUGGAGGAGUACGACAACAUGGCGCAGGCGUACAUUCGGCAAAUGACCGACAAGCACAACUUGGAUUUGCGCAGCUUCCAGGAAAAGCUGCACAAGGAGCUCAUGGAGCGGCCGCCCAAGUUUUCGAAAGAGCUCAUCGAGUGGCGGCGCCGGCAGCACCGGCUCGCACAGCAAAAGAACUAUGCCGAGGCGCAAAAGAUCAAGCUCAUUGCGGACGACCUCGAAGCCGCCGAGCGCGCCAACAUGAACGAGAACCUCCAAGUCAUUUUCACGCGGAAAGAAACUAAGUUUCGCCAGCAGCAGCAAGCCGAGAUCCAAGCGCUUCUCAAGCGCAUUGACGGCCGCCGAAAGGAGCAUAUCAAGCAGCGCAACCUCGACUCGAAGCGGCUCCUUCAGCGCAACCGCAACGUCCAAGCCGUCCUCGAGUCCAAGCAGUCGGUCGAAGCGACCAAGAAGCUCCAGGACAUCCGCGCCGGCCUCAACCCGCGGGACCGAGUUGUCUCCAAGCACCCGCAGUCGGUGAUUCCGCCCGAGGCCCGCGUCAUCAAACCCAAGAAACCUGCGCCGCGCGACGCCAACUCGACCACAUUCAUCACCAACAACGAAUAG